AGCCAUUUUGGCUCAAGUCGUUGUGGCGCUUGGCGCAAGGCCGCUUCGCGUCGAGAUUGCAUCAGCGGGCGCAUCCCUUGCCCUGCAUCCAGCCACUGCCCAAGGCGCCUCGUGUCCGCAGCAAGUCGCGCGACCAUGCCGGAGCUCAUGGCGAUCGUGAAGACCCCCAAGGAGGCGUUCCAGGGCAUGAUUGACAAAGGCGUGUCCAUGGGCGGCGACGCGUCCAUCAAGAUCUUUCACCAGUCCUUCUACGCGGGUUGCUACAUUGGCUUCGGUGGCAUGCUGUCGAUGGUGGUGGCUGGCGGUUUGGACAAGGCAGCAGAGGACAACCCGACCAUCCAGACCUUUGUAUUCGCUGCGCUCUUCCCUGUGAACCUGCUGCUCAUCUUGCUCACAGGUGGGGUGCUGAUCACAGGUACAGCUGCGACCGUGCCUGCGGCGGUGUGUGAAGGCAAGCUGCACUGGAAGCAGAUUCCUAGGACGUUCGCGCUGGCUUGGAUUGGCAAUCUGCUUGGCGCCGUGCUCUUCGCUUUCUUUGUCGAGGCCUGUAACCUGAACGUGGGCUUGACUGCCAAGCUUGCGAUGAAGGUUGCGGAAAAGAAGAUCAAGGAGAAUUUCUUCGUCACCUUCCUGAAGGGAAUCGGCUGCAACUGGCUGGUGUGUAUGGCCGUGUUCCUGCAGGGCCAAGCGCAGGACAUGCCUGGCAAGAUGGUGGGCAUCUGGUUCCCCAUCUCUUGCUUCGUGGCCAUCGGCUUCGAGCAUAUCCCGGCCAACAUGUUCAUGAUUCCCUUGGGGAUGACAGCCGGCGCCGACGUGUCCGUGUGGGACUGCCUCUGGAGGAACUUCAUCCCAGUGACCCUCGGGAACAUCUUCGCAGGCUCGCUCUUCGUGGGCGUGGGCUACUCCUUCGCCCUCGGCAGGUUGGGCAGCUCCCCGAUGUUCAACAUGCCCGCGAGGGAGCUGGGUGCGCCAAAGGAGCAGAAGGCUGGCGGCGACAACAACGAGCCUCCACCUGAGGCACAGGGCCUGUGAUAGCGCAGUCCUGCUUUAUUGCCGUCUGGCAGUUUGAUCGUGUGUAGUUAUGUUUCUUCGGGGCUAGCCAGAGCGUCCCAACCAGUUUGUCAGAGCCUGGGAUUUCGGCAGCUGACAGACUUUCGGAAUUUACAUCGUCUUAUCGACGGCGUCUGCUUCGAUAUGAAUGCAGAAACCGAGUUCUCCAUCCAGUGGGUAAGCCCACUGUCGCGAGGAUUCAAAGGUGUUCACUCCUUCGGAGCGAGACUCAAGGAAUUUGUGGUAGUGGCCCCUAUCGUCAUACUUACAUUGUUGACGCUUCGCGUAUCCCCACCAGCCCAUGCAGAAACGAUGCCCAGGGGAGUUGAGGUGAUCAGGGACGUGGGGG